CCUUAAUCCUUAGCUCUUUCAUUGACCACUGGCAAAGAAAACUAGAAAAUAUUAUAUUUCGAAUUCUAAACUUUUAAACUUCAUAACCUCAAGCGUGAUUACAACACUCUGUUCCCUUGAAAAUUAUAUAUAUAGAUUAAAUAGACAAACACACAACACACACUCACUCUUACAUAAUUUGAUAUUCUGCAUUUAAAGACUGAAUGCUGAUAACAGAAUGAAAGCCAUACAAAGCAUUCCAUGCAUGUUGUCAAGAACUGCAUUUGUUAUCGUCCUUGUUUCUCUUUAUCUUCCAUUCCGAUGGGCAGAAGGACAACCUGCACAGGUCAGUGCUGGUUAUUAUUUUCCGGGAAUCCCCAUUUCCCAAGUCGACUCCACAUUGUUUAGUCACCUCAUAUUUUAUUGUGCUUAUUUGAACACUUCGUCCUUUGAGAUCUUAAUCCGCCCAGUAGAUGAGCCCGAAGUUCGUAGCUUCUCCAGCACAGUCAGAAAAGAGAACCCAUCCGUCAAAACACUUCUCUCUAUUUGGGGGAAAGAGAGAGAUUCGUAUGCUUCAAUGGUGAGCAAUUAUUCUUCAAGAGGAUCCUUCAUUGAAUCCUCUAUAAACGUAGCCAGGGAAUACCAGUUCGAUGGCCUCGACCUUUACUGGGAUUACCCUCAAACAAAAUCUGACAUGAAUGGUAUGGCAAAUCUUGUAAAAGAAUGGAGUCUAUACAUAGAUGAUAAUGAUCCACAACUGAUACUGACUGCCACUGUUCCAUAUACUCCAUAUUGGCCAUUCAAUAUCUCUGUUUAUCCUGUUGAGUCAAUGGCAACAUACUUAGACUGGAUACAUGUUAAAACAUAUUCUUACAUUCAUUGGACGCCGAAUGUCACUGCCGCACAUUCAGCUUUAUAUGAUCCUUCAAGUAGAUAUAAUAGCACAGACUAUGGUAUCAAUGAAUGGAUUGCCAGGGGAUUGUCACCCAACAAGUUGGUUUUGGGGUUGGCUUAUUUUGGGUAUGCAUGGAAUCUUACUGAUCCUAACAACAAUGCAAUAGGUGCGCCGGCAACAGGUCCAUCACAAACUCAACAUGGAUUAUGGCUAAUCACAUACAAGGAAAUCAAAGACCAAAUUCAGUCCUGCGGAGGAAGCAAUGUACAAUACAAUGACACUUAUGUAAUCAACUACUGGUCAUGUGGAUCAACUUGGAUAGGUUUUGAUGAUGUUGAGGCUAUCAAAAUUAAGGUGUCUUAUGCCAAGGAAAAGAAGUUGCUCGGUUACGCCGCAUGGCAGGUUUCUGACGAUGACAAUUGGUUGCUUUCUCGUGCAGCAAAUAUAGAAGCAGCAGAACAUUUGAAUGGUAACGGUACAGAUGUCAAAGUCUUUUCUUUCUCUGACAUUGAAAGGGCCACAAAUAGAUUCUCACUUGAAAAUAAGAUUGGAGAAGGUGGUUUUGGAGUUGUUUACAAGGGAAUAUUACCUGAUGGAGAGGAAAUAGCAGUGAAAAGACGAUCAAAAGGUUCUAAGCAAGGAUUUGAGGAAUUCAAAAAUGAGACAACACUUAAUGCAAGACUGCAACAUGUCAAUCUUCUUCGAGUAUUGGGGUUCUGCAAUGACAAGGAAGAACAAAUGUUGGUUUAUGAGUACAUGCCAAACAAAAGCCUUCAGUUCCAUCUUUUUGACCCUACAAAGCAGCAUCUACUAGACUGGAGACAACGUGUUUGUAUCAUUGAAGGAGUAACUCAAGGGCUAAUCUAUCUUCAAGAAUAUUCUAGACUGACAGUAAUUCAUAGAGACCUGAAAGCUAGCAAUAUUUUAUUGGAUCAUGAGAUGAAGCCAAAGAUUUCAGAAUUUGGCAUGGCAAGACCAUUUAAAAAAGAUGAACAUGAAGAAAACGCCAGUAAACUUGUAGGGACAUACGGCUACAUACCUCCUGAAUAUGUUGAGAAAGGGUUGUGCUCCAUUAAAUCUGAUGUUUAUAGCUUUGGUGUCCUCCUCCUACAAAUUAUUAGUGGAAAAAGGAUCUCAAGCUUAUAUGGAGUGAGUAAUGAUUUGAACCUCUUAGAAUAUGCUUACAUGUUAUGGAAAGAAGGAAAAGGCAUGGAAUUCGUGGAUUAUUCACUUGAUGAUACAUCUUCUUCUUGCAAAUUGAUGAGAUGCUUGCAAAUUGCUCUCCUGUGUGUCCAGAAAUAUGCAGAAGAUAGGCCUAGCAUGCUAGAAGUUUAUUUAAUGCUAAGAAACGAAAGCAACUUCAUAGCAAGCCCAAAACAGCCUGCAUAUUCAAACGUAGGGAAUGAAGAGGCGUUGAAGUUUAUUCAACGGCCAGAAAUUUGUUCACGAAAUGAAACAACAAUGUCUCCAGUUUGGGGUCGAUAG